AAGGUGUGUGAUGUCUGUACGGAGUGCGUGGAUGUGUGCGUAGGGGUGUGUGUGCCUCUCUGUGUGACUGUAUAUACUGUGCGUGUCUGUGAGGGGCGUGUGUGUGUGCGCGUGUGUGGAGAGACAGGGAAGGUUGGGAGCUCAUGGAGCUUGGGUCUGAACCCGAGUAAGGGAGGGCAUUCGGCAGAAUCGGGUGUGUGUGUGUGCGUGUACACGUGUGUGUGCAGGGUGAGUGGGUGAGUGUGUCACGGGAGCUAGGUGUGGCCAUGUGUGUGAUGUAAGGGUGCCGGGUGCACGUGUGUCCCUGGCUUACCCUCCCCUUCCCCCACCAGAUGUGUGUGCGUGGAGGGGAUGUUGGGGGGGAAGGUCGGACUCCACUGCAGCAGCCCCUUGCCCGGCUUGCCUGCCUGGCCAUCUUCCCCAGGAAGCCAGAGCCGGCCAAGCUGCCCCUCCCCCAAACACUUCUAGGGUUAAGGGAAAGGGAGCAGGCCAAGCCCCUGGAAAGAGGGGACAGGCUGAAGGGACCGCUUCUGCCAGACCAGGGCCCCCUGCUUCUCUGGCGGGAGCCUGGCUGCCUUCCCCAGCUCGCCAGAUCAUCCAGCCCUGGGCUUUGCCCCUCCCAGGGCCCCGUGUUCUCUGGGCUCUGAGUGAGAGACAGUGCCAACACCGUAGCUUAGGGCCCCAGGUGGGCGUGGGAGCAGGUUGAGACUCCUCUGUGAGGGUUUGCUUGUUCACAAUUGUAUUAGCAGAAGGGUGCUUGGCACAUAGUAGGCCUCAAUAAAUAUCUGAUUUAUUGGAGAGGAGAGAGGGAGGACCAGAGGACAGGAGAGAGGGAGGAAAGGGAUCUGAGUCUGGGAAUCAGCUAUCAGGUGAGGAUGAGGGCAGCUGGUUGCCAUCAGAGCCCAGUCUGGUAGGGGAGCAGGGCUUUAGGGGGAGGGGAGGGAACCCACAGGAGAGAGAUCUGUUCUGGGGCCUGAAUGGAGGAAGUAGCUGGCAACUCUCCUUGGGCAGAGCUCUUUGCAUCCUGCCCCCCACCACCUGCUUCUCUGUGACCAGCAGCCUCUCUCAGGGGGCAUCUGGUCUCAGGCAGCCAGGGCUCAUAGCGCCUCUCCUCUCUCCAGGACCUUCAAGCUCAAAAGGUGCUGAAGAACUGAGCCCCUGCCCAUUGAGGCCACCCGAGGCCAGGUGGGGCCAUGGCAGGGCAUAGCUGUCUGGGGCUGGGGCUGUUCUGCUGGGUCCUGCUUGCUGUUCCAGUGGGGCCCCAGCCUGCCUCCUCCGUCACAGGUGUCCCUCUUACCACUCUGACCUCACCACCUCAGAGUGAGGCCUCUAUGCUGUCUCUCAACCUGGGACUUAACUUCAAAUUCCACCUUCGGGGACCUGCUGCUGCCUGGGCACUCCCUGUCACAGAGACCCAGCCGCUCUCUUCUGGGCCCAGCCGGGAGCCUGAGGAAGAGGUGGCCAGUGGGCUGAGGACUGAUCCCUUUUGGGAACUGCUAGUGGGCUCCCUUGGGAACUCCCCUCCAGAGUGGGGAUCUGCUGAAGGCAGCUCUACUCCCUGGACCUCCUCCCUGUCUCCAGAGUCCACAUCCCCCAUCUCUGGGCCCACUGACCGGCCCACUGCUCCCUAUCAGCCCAGGAUGGGCACCGUGACCUGGAACACUGCUCUGACAGCUACGGCACCUCCAUCCAGUGCUCCCAGGCUCCGCCAGAGUGAGCUGGAGCUGAAGUUUGACAUGGCGCUGAGAGCAGGUGCGGCCCCCACACUGGGGCAUCGAACGCUGCCCCUGCUGCCCAGCCUGAGGGCCAGUCUGGCAGAGAUUGCCGGGCGCCUGGGACCCUUUGGGUUCUUUGGCACUACUCUGUCCCCACUGCGGAACCUCUCAGGCCCAAGCCCCUUAGGCCCAACUCCAUCCCCAAGCUCUGCCUCUCAGGUUUCAGAUUCUCCAGGGUUCUUUGGCACCACUCUGUCCCCACCCCCCUUCCCCCUGGAGAGAAAGCUCCCAAGCUCAGGACCGUUGGACCCAGCUGCUUCCCUAAACUCUGCCACGAUGGCAACAGCAUCAGUAGACCCCACCAUCUCCACCUCUGGCCUAGAUGAAGCCUCUCCUGCCAGCCUUGGGAAGCCUUCGGUGGAGCCAGAGUGCGGGCCAGGGUCCUGCAGCAUUGCAGGACUGCCUGGAACCGAGGGGCAGCCUCCUGGGGCCCCGCUACCGCUCUUCUUCCUGACCCUGGAGGCCGACUGGGCGGAGGCCAGAGCUCGCUGGGGGCUGGCCUGGGAGGCCCACGUGUACGGGGUAGGCACGCUUUUCGGCCUGGUGGCCCUGCUGGCGCUGCUGGCCCUAGCCCUCCUGCCCUGGCGCUGCCCGCCCGGCGCCCCCUGCCUGGCGCUGCUGGACCUGCUCCUGCUCUCGGCCGGGACCACGCGGGCCUUCCCGCUCUUCUACGACGCCUACGGCCACCGCGACCGGCUGCCCCCGCUCGCCUGGCUGCUGCUGCAGGACCUGCCGCUGCCCUGCCUGGCCGCCGGCCUGGGCCUGGCCUGCCUGCUGCUGGCCCGCCCGCGCCCGCCGCGGUGUCCCGCCGGCCUGGCCGCGCUGCUGCUCCUGGGGCUGGGGCUGGCGGCCGCCGCCGCUGUGGGGAGCGCCGCCCACCGCCCGCUGCGGCCCCUGCGGCUGGCCUCCCGCGGGCUGCACGCCCUCCUCGCCGCCCUCCUCUCCGGGCUCCUGCUGGCGCUGUCCUGCUGGGGGGGCCGGCGGCGGCGGGCCGGGGCGCCCCUGGGAGGGUCUGGUUUCAAGGGCGCCACCCCCGUCCCGCAGGCGCGCAGCCCCUUCGCCCCGCGCGAGUCCUGGCGGUGCGCGGCCCGCACGGCCCCGGUGGCGGGCACUUUCGGGCUGCUGAGUGGAGCCCUGCAGGGCUACGAGGUGCUGCACGCCUUGGGCUAUGGCGGCCAGCCUGGCCUGGAGGGACCCUGGCCCUGGUGGACCUUCCAGCUAGGCCUGCGCUUGGGCGAGGUGGGCGUCGCGCUCCCGUUGGCGCUGCUGGGCCUCUACCCGGCGCUCAGCAGUCCCCGUGUGCCGCCGCGCUGCUGGGCCAAGCUCUUCCGCUUGUCCCCGGGCCACGCGGCCCCGCUGCUGCCCGGGGGCUGGGUCACCGGGCCUCCAGACAAGGAGCCCCUGGGUGGCGCCAUCGCCCGUGGCGACGCGGAGCUGCUGCAGCUGUGCGCCCUGGCUGGGCCAGGCCCCGAUCUCCUACUCCAGGGAGGCGGCUGCCGGGGCUUCGAAGGGGCGGCGGGAAACCCGGCCCCUUCUCCGGCCUCCUCCCCCUGCAGCGAUUACACCGUGGACUUCCGCCCGCCCUCCCCAAUCAACCUGCGGCGCAGCAUUGAGGAGGCCCUCUGCAGCGAGGCCCUGCUCACGCCCGGCCUCUUCCAGGGCCCUGCCUUCGGGGAAGCCCUGCCUGGGCUCGGCCUCUACCGCACCACCUCGCUGGGGGCGAAGACGCGGGCUGGGCCCAGUGGGAGGUCUGAGGAGGCCCCUGGCUCCUCUGCGCCCCAGGAGCUCCCCUCUCCCGGGGCCUGGCCCGCAGGCAGCAGCGCCUCUUCUGGCUCACUGUGCGGACUUUCGCGGGACAGCUCGUCCAUGCUGCUGUGCUCCAGCCCGGACAGGCCUCCACGCUGUCCACUGGUCUGCGUCCUCAGUCCACCCAGGCCCUCAGGGUGCAGCCCUAGCCUCCCGGGCUCAGGCUCCUACCAGGCUCUGUCCCCACCCUCCCGUGACUCCCCAGAGCCCACUCCUGAGCUGCAGGCCGCAGAGGCUUUGCUGCAGGAGCAGUUCCUGGACGCCUGCCGACAGAUCGAUGAGCUGAGUGUGGGCAGUGACACCAUAGACCUGUGAAGAGGCAGCCCCCUGGCUGCCCCAGCCUAUGCCCCCUCCUGACGCCUGCUCUGCCCGAGACCUGCACACUGUAACCCUUCCCCAAUCCUGCCUGGCUCAGAUACCUCCCCCUGCUUCCUUCCCCAUCCAGGGGUCCCUGGGUGGGUGGGUCAGCAGCCAGGUUCUAUUGAUUGGGAGUCAGUGCCACCUCCUCUGGAGCCCUGGGUGCGGAUCCCUCAGCUGCAAUGCUAGGCUGGCAGGGGUCCCACUUUCCUUGGCAUUCACCAGCAAUAAAGUUCCAAGGUGCUCCACUCCUGACCGCCACUCCCCAUUCUGGUGCUGAGUGAGAGGGGCUGUCCUCAGAGGACCCUCAGACUGGCUUCAGUCCCCACACCCACCUCUGCCAUGCCCAGGAAUCCCAUUACUGUGUGAGUGAGACUCCCUGUCCUCCACAGGGUCCUUCCCCAUAGAAGGGUCCCCCAUAGAAGGAUCCAUGGCCCAUCGAGGAGACUCUACAGCAGUUGGGUGGGAGGUGAGCGCUUUCAGAGUUAAUUUAUCAAUAAAAUAUU